UGCAAGUGAGCCUUGGCCUUCUCCCAGACAAAAAAAAAAAAAAAAAAACCACAGCAAUAACAUACUCUACAACGAACGACGCCGUUUUGGGUAUGGGACUUCAAGCCGGUUGGACCCUGCCGGGGCUCACCCCCAAGCCCUGCGACACCUGCAAGUCGUCGCCGUCGGCCGUCUUCUGCCGCGCCGACUCGGCCUACCUCUGCCUGACCUGCGACUCCAAGAUCCACUGCGCCAACAAGCUCGCGUCGCGCCACCAGCGCGUGUGGAUGUGCGAGGUCUGCGAGCAAGCCCCGGCCGCCGUCACGUGCAAGGCCGACGCCGCCGCCCUCUGCGUCACGUGCGACGCCGACAUCCACUCCGCCAAUCCACUCGCGCGUCGCCACGAGCGCGUCCCCGUGGAGCCGUUCCUAGACUCGGCCGAGUCCAUCGUCAAAUCCACCUCGGCCGUUGGCCUCAGCGACGCCGCUUCGUCUCUUAAAAACGACGACGCCGAUUCUCUGCUCAUUCCCAACCUGAAUUUCAGCUCCAAGUUCAUUGACGCUCUCGACAUCAAGCCCGGGGAUAUGUUCUUCCCGGAAAUGGAAUCGUUAUUCGAACUCGAUUACCCGAACCCGAUCCAAAACUCCAGCUCGGGUAUGGAUAGCGUGGUUCCGGUUCAACCCGACCCGAUUCCACCUCCUCCUGUGGUCAACCAACCCCCUCGUGAAAAUUGCUUUGACAUUGACUUCUGCCGAAACAAGCUGUCUUCCUCCUUCAGUUAUCCAGCUCAGUCAAUCAGCCAAAGCGUCUCGUCGUCCUCCUUAGAUGUGGGAGUUGUUCCCGACGGAAAUUCACUGUCCGACAUUUCAUAUCCGUUCAUCCGAAACGUGAACCACAACGGCGUGGAAUCCGGCGUAGCCGCUGCUCCGGCGACGGCGACGGCGAUCCAGCUGAGCGGAGUGGAUCGCGAGGCGAGAGUGAUGAGGUACAGAGAGAAGAGGAAGAACCGCAAGUUCCAGAAGACAAUCCGAUACGCCUCCCGGAAAGCCUAUGCCGAGACCCGGCCGAGAAUCAAAGGCCGGUUCGCGAAACGCACCGAGACCGAAACGGAGGUGAUGGAUCGGAUCUUUAACUCGGCGCCGGGGAGUUAUAUUGCAGACGCACAAUACGGCGUCGUCCCGACGUUUUGAUUGGUGGUGGUGGUGAUGAUCAGGUGCUUCGCGCAUUUAGAAUGGAUUAUAUUAUAGGCUUGUAAUUGGGUAAGGGACUAAAAGGGUUGGUGUUAAUUCUAUGGGACUUUUGAGCUGCAGCGCUGGAGCCUAGACCGUUGUUUUUAUAUGUCUUAUUUUUAUUAAAAAAAGAUCACGGAUCUCUUUCUGAGUUCUGAUUGGUUCAGUUCCUUCCUUCCUACCGACCUUUUUUUUUAUUUUAUCUUCAUUAUUAAUGAAAUGAUGAAUUAUUUAGGGA